AUGAACUCCACACAGGUUUCAUAUUUCACAAUGGCUAUCUACUUUAAAACUGGGGUUUUAAAAUAUUUAUAUUUCAUAAUUAUUAUUUCUUUGUAUGUUUUAAUCAUUAGUGCUAAUCUAUUGCUCAUUGUUAUUAUCUGUGUGAACAGAAGUUUACAUGAACCUAUGUACAUGUUUCUGUGCAGCCUGUUUGUCAAUGAACUGUAUGGUAGUACAGGGUUGUUUCCAUUCCUCCUGGUUCAGAUCCUCUCUGACAUUCACACUGUUUCUGUUCACUUUUGUUUCCUGCAGCUUUUUUGUGUACAAUCUUAUGUGUGCACAGAGUUUUCAAACUUAGCCAUAAUGUCCUAUGACAGAUACCUUGCUAUCUGUUAUCCUCUACAAUAUAACACACGCAUGACUUUCACCAAGGUUGUCGUGCUUAUUGCAGCAGCAUGGUUAUACUCUUUUCUUAUCAUUGUUACAAUGAUAUCAUUGAAUGCUCCUUUACAGCUGUGUGGAAACAUAAUUAACAAGGUUUACUGUGACAACUACUCCAUUAUCAAAUUGGCCUGCUCUGACACCAGUGUAAAUAACAUCUAUGGACUUAUGGCAGCUUUUCUCACAGUGUUUGGUCCUUCCAUUUUAAUCCUUUACACGUACAUCAGGAUCCUUAGAGUCUGUUUCUCUGGCUCUAAAGAGACCAGACAGAAAGCUGUCAGUACCUGCACACCUCACCUUGUUACUCUGCUGAACUAUUCUUUUGGAGUUUGCUUUGAAGUAAUACAAAAGAGGUUUAAUAUGAGUAGUGUACCAAACAUGUUUUACAUUUUUUUAUCAUUGUACUUCCUGACAUGUCCGCCGCUCUUUAAUCCUGUAAUUUACGGACUCAAAAUGUCCAAAAUCAACAUCAUAUGUAAAAGUCUAUUUAUUACCUUCUGUUGUAAAGUGCAGAUCAUCCAAAAGGUCUGA